AUGGAGCUCGUGUUUCUUCGCCACGCUACGCGGGCAGACCACGCCUCCCCCAAUAACCCGCCCCUCUACCACGACUACAAAUCGUACGACCCCUCCGUUAGCGUCAGCGCCGUGGGAGAGGCCUCCAAAGUCGCCAGGGACAUCGCGGAUGUGUGCAACUUCGAGGGCGAGAAACGCAACGUGUUCGUCCAUUUUCUGCCGUAUUUGCGGUGCUGCCAGACCGCAGACUUACUUGUGCUGGCCCUCAUGAAAGAAGUUCCCCAAACCAAGCUCAAGAUCCUGAUGCUCUGUGACUUUGCCCUACUGGAGUGGCUCCAUGAUGGAAUGAAAAACACACCGCCGUUUGUCGAUUCGAACGAGGCCUACCACAUGUACACGCCGAACGUAAAGGUGCUAGAGAAUAAACGGUGUGUGCUGAACUUCCGCCCCACAACCACAUUGGGCCCGUGGAACGAGCCUGGGCUCAGUUAUAGAGAUUACGCCGACCGGUGCAAGACGUAUUUCAAGAAGCUCGUGGCCACCUACGACAAGCCUCUGCACGUGCAAAACAACGACUUGGUGAUUGUGGUGGGCCACGGCUACGCCAUCAACCAUUUCAUGACUUUCUUCAUCAACCACCCAAUCUUCGAGGAGAUCCCUGAGUGCGCCAUGAACUACGCCAGAAGAGAGGACGACGUGUGGACGCUCAAGCGGGACUGUCUCCAGCUCUUGCACUGUGAGGACAUCGACUCGACAUUGAACCUCGAAAACGACAUCGUCGUGUACAAAAGUAAUUUUGUCAAGAAGGACGAGCUUGACGAGAACAAGCAGUACCCUGCCAUUGGGUUUGGCGGGCUCAAGUUGCCUAAUCAGGGAGGGGGAGACUCUCCGUCCAAUGGUCCACGACCCUCUUUCAGAGUUGAACAGUCUGCUAAGGAUAUUCCUGACAGACCCAAUUUGGCGAAAAACUUCCUUUGUCCUACGGCACGUAAUUGGAACCCGCUGGAUCUGAAUAAGUUCAGCGUGAAGUCGGAAUUCAAACUUAAAGUGAUGAAUGACGAUGCUUUUAAAAAGGCGUUCGACCUCUCGAACCCUCCUACUCACCCAAUUUCUCCCGAGGUGUCGCCAAACUCGGAACCAACCCGCACAAACUCUGUGAUCGACCUCGUAAAGCUCAAUUCUAAUGAUGAGAUCCAGCGCCCGUUCAAGCUUCGCUACUCGCUGGCUUCAGACAUCCCCGUUCACUACUUAAACUCCAAGGUCAAUUCUCAUGUGAACCUUGCCCAGUUCCAGCGCAACGCAUACUCAAACAACAACUCGCUGUCGGAACAAGGCUUGGGCCACUCGGUUCUCUCUGGCGGGUCUCUUUCGCCAAGAGACUAUCUGGACAUGGAGGCUGCCGAAACGGCCUCACAGAAUUCUCACAGCAACAUGAGUGAGGUGAUCAGUCGACUUUCUCGAAUCAGGUCAUUGCAACGUAAAAGAGCGCAGACUCCAAGUUUCGGCAAGAUCAAGGAGAACCUGUCGGACGAGCUGCUGGAUUCCGAAUCAAACAAGUUUUCGCUCUCUUUCAACAAGGAGAAGGAGAAGGAGAAAGAGAAAGAAAGGGAAAAAAGAGAAAAUGCAAUUAAACGCACCGUUUCUGGCUCUCCACUGGUCCCCAACCGCGCCAGAGGGAACUCCAUCAAGCUUAUUCCCUCGGUGCUCAACCAGCGCCCACGGGCAGCCACUACCAGUAUGGUAAACGGCAACUCAAGUGCAAAUGACAGCUCCAAUGACAGCUCCAUUGGCAGCGCACAUAAUGUCAAGAGCACCAAAGAAUUAGGGAAAACCUCCACAUCACAAUCAAGUGGCCCUGGGCGCUUGGCCCGGCCAAUUGGUCUCAAAAAGACGCCUUCGAUGUUCUACAACCUCGACCUGGACUCUGCAGACGGGUCUUCCGAAGGCGAAGAUGACGAGGAGUCGAGCCUGCCGCCCAAGGAGCAGCACUACACAUGGUUUGGCCAGAACGCCAAGGGUUACGUAUAA